AUGCCAUCGAGCGGACCGUCAGAUAAAUCCCCCCCUCCUCAAACAGUGGAUAUACCACCGGCUGAACCUGACCAGCCGCCUGGUGAUGCUAACGCCUAUGUAGAAACACUGAAAAAAUGCUGGGCGACAGGAUCGCGACUAGAAUUAUUGCAAUCACAUAUCCCGAAGUAUGCGAGCAGCCUCGCAGAAAGUCGAACCCGCGCAAACGACUACCUAGAUAUCAUCGUGAACGACUAUUUCACGCAUUUCCAUUGGAAACUCAAGGUCUCAGAGGAACCGCCAGCUGAUGUGUCUCUCAUAUCUCACUGUUCCGAGACGCUCACCCCGUUAGAAUCCCUUCAAAAGCAGCGCAAAAUUGCAUCCAUGCGCAAGACUCUACGUAACUGGUUUGACAACCGUUCCAAAGCUGUGCACAAGAUCGGCCCCAGCACGAAAGCCGAGAACAAUCCAUGGACACGUCUUCUUUCCCAGUUGUCUGGUGUCUCACCAAACAAGCCCAGAGCCCUGCAAGCUCACCAGCGGUGGUCCAAGGAUUUCUACGAAAGUAUUGUGAAAGCAAGAUUCGAGGCACAGUGGGAACUUUCAUCUUGCCCUCCAACAGAGAAAACCUUGUUCCGCGACCGUGUCACGCGUGUUAUUUUUGAGGAGCAAGAACCAUCGGUCAUCAAAAAAUAUGAAGUACUCGCUCAGACAGAAGGCAAAGAGGCGGUCAAGAAAUGGAAGGCCUUGUUAGAAAAUCCUCCUCUUACUGACCCAGUUUCUCGUCAAGCUGCACUCGAUGGACUUGCGCCAUUUGCAGGACCCCUGCUAUCUGGAAUCUCAAGUGCGCUGGGCAUGCACGUCACCCUGAUGGUUGGCGGACCCGAACCGCGCAAGCAAGGCAAAAUUAGCGUAAUCAGCAUGCACGAGGGUGUCGAUCUUUGCCCACAGCCGCGAAAUUGGCAGACGGCUAACAAGGAAAAAUUCAAGAUCGUCACCAAGCUUUUUCAGGAAUUUCUCGAUGGCUGCUAUACCGAAGAGGAUCACUGUGAUCGGAAGCUUCCAGACACUCCCACCAAAGACCCGAAAGAUUCUGACGGUCUCCUAGCACAUCCCAACUCUGACACCGGCAUGGCAGAAGGGACGACAUUGAACACAUCGACCAAUGACAAAGGAAAGGCAGUCAAACGGCCUGCCAAGAGCAAACGCUCGGCAGUUCACGACGACAACGCCCGCCUCACCUACGUCGACCGUCGCACUGGCAAUCCUAUCACAACCAAGAAAGGCCCUUCCGAUAUCAAUUUUAGGCCUUUUGUUCCUUCCAGCAAUGCACAAACCAACGGAACUCUUAUCCCGGCUGGGGACGAAUCCAGUCGCUCUCCACCACCAUCAAAUUCAGAACCCAUUCCUGAAUUAGCAAGUUCGCAGGCCAUAGACACACCUCCGUGCCCUUCUGAUGCACACACCAACCAAAUUCCUAUUUCAGUUGGGGCAGAACGCAGUAGAUCGGCACUGCCCUCGGAUUCUGAACCUCUUCCUGAAGUGGCAAAUUCACAGCCCCCUCCCGCGUUCCCUUCAGAACCUCCUACGCAAGUUUUGGAGCUUCAGCCUCCUCCCGCGUCCCCUUCAGAACCUCCUAUGCAAGUUUUGGAGCUUCUUCUAUCCCCUCGUGUUGACAAUGCCGUCUGCUCACUCGCUCAGGACAGUCAGAAUGAUGACAUUGUGCUUCCCACCAAUUCCCCUGCCUGGAUCCGGGAAGCAAUUGAAUAUCUCACCGCCCCCCAACUUCCCUCUCGAUAUAAUGCUCUACUCACGACUUUUUUAGAGCUUGAGAAGUCUUCUGGAUUCUCGUCUGAGAAGGGUACUGCCUCUCUCAGCAGCAAAGAUCGCCCACUUGCAAUUCACUGGUGGAUUUCCCGUGCACGUACAGGCCAGCCGCCUAUCCCCGAGAACUUUGGCACGGCAUUCUGGAGUUGGUGGUGUGGGAUUCAGCCCGCAUGGAGGAACAUAUCGCCAUCCGAUGAAGUCCCUCGCCAUAACGGUAAUGAUUGGAGUCUUCUCGACAAACCCGGGAAAAACGGCUUCUGGAGUGUAUUGGCCGCGCUAAAAUGGUGGGGUUGUGCUAACAGUACUGGAUGCGACGACCCCCUUUGGCAUACAGCUGUAGACGAUGUAAAAUGGGUGAUGGAACGUAUCACAGAAUUUCGCUGUUCGACCGUUUCCAGUCAAGAAACGUUCGGCACCAGAACCAAGAAGUCCACGUUUGUCGAAGCAUCUCAAAUCCAACAGCCGUAA